AUGGGAAAAUAUUCACUGAAUCAAACGUCUACAUUUGAUUUAAAAAUCUUCAGCUUUGACAUCCACCCCUCGGCUGAAUACCCUAUUUUUGUUAUAGGCCUUUUGGUUUACUUGUUUUCUGUUUUCUCAAAUGUGACGAUCUUGGUGCUGAUAGUUACUCAGAGGAGUCUCCACAGACCGAUGUUUUACAUCCUCUUCAGCCUGCCACUGAAUGACCUCAUUGGAAUUACUGCAAUGUUUCCCCGUGUGCUUGUGGACAUUAUAACCAAGAACAACACUGUAUAUUACCCACUCUGUGUCUUUCAGGCUUUUUUAAUCCAUAUGUUUGGUGGUGGCACCCUGUUCAUAUUGGCAGCAAUGGCAUUUGACCGAUAUAUUGCUAUAUGCAAGCCACUGAGAUAUCAUUCAAUAAUGACACCGCUAACUGUUGUAGGGAUAUUGUCAUUGGCAUGGGGUCUUGACUUUGCCAUAAUCUUUGUUCUUUUUCUCCUUCAGACUAGAGUGCAAAGGUGUACAAAUUUUAUCAUGACUGUAUAUUGUAGUAAUGUCUCAUUGCUUAACCUGUCCUGUGGAGAAGACGUCACAAUCAAUAAUAUUUAUGGAUUAAUUAUAACUAUAUUUAUGCAUGUUGUCACUAUAACAAUACAGCUGUUCUCAUAUAUCCAAAUCAUUUUGACAUGCAUCUUUAACAGACAAUCAGAUGCCAAAACUAAAGCUGUUAAUACUUGCUUAGCCCAGAUAAUUGUGUUUCUAAUUUUUGAAAUAGUUAGCUUGUUUACAUUAAUUGCAUAUCGACUUCCAAACAUAUCUACGAAUGCAAGGAAUGCCUGUGGAAUGAUGAUUUUUCUGAUUCUACCUAUUGUCAACCCUGUUAUCUAUGGAAUGAAAACGAAGGACAUUAGAAUAACAUUUUUUCAAUUAGUGAGAAAAAAAGCUACCAUCAACAUAAACGUGUGUCAGAAGAAAGAGUCCAGCUUCAACCACGGGGUCACCAGCAACAGAGGCACACUUGGCAUCCUCACUCAGACCUCGCCCCCCGCUGCCAACGUCUGGGAUCGGCCCCCCCUGACCAACAGCGCUACCAGUGGGAUGCCCAAGGCCGAGCCAUCUGCCGUGAUUGUGGUGAAGGGGGACACAUACAGCGUUUUUGCUCAAGGAGACGUACAGCUCAAUCGGGUUUUCGAUACCCCCGGUCACAGCAGGGCCAGUGAACAGGGAGGGGCCUCUAGCCGUGUCCCUACAAAGGCCCUCCAUGUACUGAACUUUAACAUAGGGGGUGUAGAGGUGCGUGAGAAAGGGGUGGUCAUUGUGCGAGAUGAUUGCAUAGAAUAUGGACUUCUAGGUAUGAAUGUUGUGGCGGACUGUUGGGCGGGCAUAUUUCAGGGUAGGAACCCUGGUAUCACCGCUUUCUCCAGUGACAGCCCCCUGUGGUGUUACCCCCUGGAACUGAGAUGA